AUGCAGACAUCAGAGACUGGGUCAGAUACAGGUUCGACUGUGACUUUACAGGCAUCUGUGGCUGGCCAGGCAGCAGUGCCCACACAGGUAGUACAGCAGGUACCGGUUCAGCAACAGGUACAGCAAGUACAGACUGUGCAACAGGUACAGCAUGUCUACCCAGCCCAGGUUCAGUAUGUGGAAGGAAGUGACACAGUCUACACAAAUGGAACUAUUCGAACAACUUAUCCUUACACGGAAACCCAGAUGUAUAGCCAAAACACUGGGGGAAAUUACUUCGAUACUCAAGGAAGUUCUGCACAGGCAACUACAGUGGUCUCCUCUCAUAGUAUGGUGGGCACCGGAGGGAUUCAGAUGGGUGUUGCAGGAGGACAGCUCAUUAGCAGCUCAGGAGGGACCUAUCUGAUUGGCAAUUCAAUGGAAAAUUCUGGUCAUUCAGUGACUCAUACAACACGAUCCUCCCCAGCUACAAUUGAAAUGGCGAUUGAGACACUUCAAAAGUCUGAUGGUCUUUCUACUCACAGAAGCUCUCUUCUCAACAGCCAUCUCCAAUGGCUUUUAGACAACUAUGAAACUGCAGAAGGAGUGAGUCUCCCCAGAAGUACCCUUUACAACCAUUACUUACGUCAUUGUCAGGAGCACAAGUUAGAUCCAGUCAAUGCUGCCUCCUUUGGAAAACUCAUACGGUCAAUCUUCAUGGGAUUACGGACCAGAAGACUGGGAACCAGGGGGAACUCCAAAUACCAUUAUUAUGGGAUUCGUGUCAAACCAGAUUCUCCCCUUAAUCAACUACAAGAGGACAUGCAAUAUAUGGCUAUGAGACAGCAACCCAUGCAGCAGAAACAGAGGUACAAGCCUGUGCAGAAAGUGGAUGGAGUUGCAGAUGGUUUCACAGGAAGUGGUCAACAGACAGGUACAUCUGCUGAACAAACUAUAAUUGCCCAAAGUCAACAUCAUCAACAGUUUUUAGAUGCAUCUCGAGUACUUCCAGAGUUUGGGGAACUUGAAAUAUCUUCUCUGCCAGAUGGUACUACCCUUGAGGACAUAAAAUCACUGCAAAGUCUUUAUCGAGAACACUGUGAGGCAAUUGUGGAUGUUAUUGUGAAUCUUCAGUUUAGCCUGAUAGAAAAAUUGUGGCAAACUUUCUGGCGCUUUUCUCCCUCUGCUCCAGCUGACGACACAGUUAUUAUUGAACUGAGCAAUCUGAGUGAAAUAGAAAAUCGACUUCCAAAAGGAAAACUAAUUGUUCUGUGCAAAAAUGAGUCUAUUCUGAAAUGGAUGGGUAACUGUGACCAUGUGAUGUACCAGGCUUUGGUGGAGAUUCUCAUUCCUGAUGUCCUUAGACCUAUUCCUAGUGCCUUGACUCAAGCCAUUCGCAAUUUUGCAAAAAGCCUUGAAGGUUGGCUUUCCAGUGCCAUGAUCAAUAUUCCACAGAGAAUGAUACAAACCAAGAUUGCCUCUGUAAGUGCCUUUGCCCAGACUUUGAGAAGAUACACAUCUCUUAAUCACCUGGCUCAGGCAGCUCGAGCUGUGCUUCAGAACACUUCUCAGAUCAACCAGAUGCUCAGUGAUCUCAACCGUGUGGAUUUUGCCAAUGUACAGGAACAGGCUUCCUGGGUGUGUCAGUGUGAUGACAAUAUGGUUCAAAGACUAGAAACAGAUUUCAAGAUGACUCUUCAACAACAGAGCACUCUGGAGCAGUGGGCUGCCUGGCUUGAUAAUGUAAUGAUGCAAGCAUUGAAACCAUAUGAAGGAAGACCCAGUUUUCCUAAAGCAGCACGGCAAUUUCUUUUAAAAUGGUCUUUCUACAGCUCAAUGGUGAUUCGAGAUUUAACCUUACGCAGUGCUGCUAGCUUUGGCUCUUUUCAUCUGAUCCGCUUGCUUUAUGAUGAGUACAUGUUUUACUUAGUCGAACAUCGUGUUGCUCAGGCAACAGGAGAAACACCUAUUGCAGUUAUGGGAGAGUUUGGUGAUUUAAAUGCUAUAUCCCCUGGAAAUAUGGAUAAAGAUGAGGGCAGUGAAGUUGAAAGUGAAAUAGAAGAAGAGAUGGAUGAAAAUGGAGAACCACAAGCAAAGAGGGAGAAAACAGACUUAAACCAAGCAUUUCAGGCAGGCUGCAUGCAGCAACCAGUGCUUGAGAGUGGAGUAGAGCAGAGCCUCCUGAACCCACUUCAUAAUGAGCACAUUGUUACAAAUACUCAGACUAUCAGACAAUGCAGUGCUACUGGAAAUACAUAUACUGCAGUCUAA